AUGUCUCAAGAGUCCCAGAUGGGGACUGUGCUGGCUGUGCAGAACGUUCCCGGCUCCAAACUCCGCUGCAGCACAAAGACCCAACUGGCUGCCGUGAGACACAAGACUGGGGAUUACAGGGAAGGUCAGGCUGUUGUGAUUCGUUUGCUGGGGACAGCCCAGCUCAGUUCUGCCCUUCACAGCCUGCUGAGGGACGUUUGCCUCCAAGUGUGUUUAGCAUUUGAUUUGCUACCACCUCCAAGCCAAACCCAACAGGUUUGCAGUGAUUUAGUGUUGUUCCUCAGUAAACUCCUCUCAACUGUCUCCCACUGUGGCAAACAGACACUGGUGUUGCUCCUUGAUUCUGUGGAGAGAUUAUUUCCUGGCAACAGUGCUCACAGAUUCCACUGGCUCCCUACAGAUUGCCCUCCAAAGGUCCACAUCAUCAUUUCCAUUUCCACAGCAGAGCCUGACUCUCUGAAAGCUCUGAAAGCUGUGCCUGAGGCUGAAGCAUACUUUGAAGUAGGACACUUAUCCUGUGAAGAAGGUGAGGAGAUGCUAGAGAUGCUCUUAGCGUCAGACAGAUGAUGGAUAAGCCCAGCUCAAUGGGCCUAUUUCCGUCAGAGCUUCCUGCUCUCCAAGCUGGCCUUCCACGGGGCCAGAAAAUGGGCAUCUUACACUUCACCUUCAGAACCAGUGCUUGCUAGCACAGCCCAGGACGUCACACAUCAUCUGUGUGAGAGACUGGAAAGGUCACACAGCACAGUCCCUGUAGCUCAUGCACUUGGCUGUAUCGCUUCCUCACGAAAUGGGCUGUCAGACACAGAGCUGAAGGACAUUUUAUCCCUUGACAAUGAAGUUCUCUCAGAGAUUCACCACUGUCACCUUCCUUCCAGUAAAACUAUCCUGCAGUUUGUUGAAAUGAUGCAGCAUCGUUAUCUAUCAAAGUAAAACCAAAUCAAGAGGCAUUUUCUCCCGGCAGAUUUAUUCAAGGGGACUUGGAGCUGGGGAAUGAAGAAACCUCCUACAUUGCCACACUUUAGCAGGACUUUAAAUGCUGACAGGAAGGUAGCCCCUCAGCCACUCUGCUUCUCUGAUGCUGUUGCAAACCUGAGGAAGUUGAGUGAAUUGCCAUUUCAUUUACUGAAUGCUGGACACUUAGAGGAGCUAAAGUGGGAUGUGCUGGGGAAUAUGAACUGGAUCAGAUGUAAAACAAUUGCCUGUGAAAUAGAAGUUGUUGAUGACUUUGCCAUGUGUGCUGAACACAUCAGCUGCCCAGAACUACGCCUUGUGCAGGGGACACCUCUUUUGAAGCCAGCAGUCAGCAGCACACGCAGCCCCGAAGGAGUGAGUACAAAAUACACAGAAGUGUUGGCCUGGCUUCUUUUUUUCGUGCCUUCUUACCCAGAGGUAAUCAGGAAGCUGUGCCAGCAGUGCCUGAGCUGGUGCAGUGUCUGUCCCUACCCUGUUCUCAUUCCACUGUGUGGAUUUCUCCAGCCACCUGGUGGGCCCCCGCACACAACGCUCACUGGAUUCCUCAAAGGUGUCACAGUGAUGGCACUCAGUUCUGGUUACCAGCUGCUGGUAGCAGGUUCCCAGGAUGGCUCCAUGCUUGCCUGGAAUAUGGAAGUUUUUGAGUUGCUGCACGCCCUUCCUGGGCACUCUGCUGAGGUGAGGUGUGUGAAAGUGUCUGGAAAAGGAACCUGUGCUGUUUCAGCUGCCGUGGAUCACUGUCUGUGCACCUGGAAUUUGAUUUCUGGCAGAUCAAGGUUUAUUAUCCAGGAUACCCAUUUUGAAGAACAGCCCUCACAUCACCUUCACGUGGAUGAGGGCUUGGUUUUUGCUGGUGCCUUGCUGGCUGUGCAGUGUGUGCACACAACUGCUAACAGAAUUGUACCAACUGCAGAUGGAUUUGUUGCAAUAACAAAAGUUGGUUAUAUAUCAAUCCAUGAGAAGUUUCGCUGUCCUAAAACCACUCCUCAGUACAACCCUCUCCAGAAUGUCAUGGCAACGUGUACAGUAAAAUCCAGAAAGAUGGAUGGAGAAAACUCAA